ACAGAUGACACUCCGUCGGCAAAGUUAAGGCUGCAAUUCUCAAUUCUACCUUAUAUAUGCGGAUGUGUACACAACGCGUCGUAAAACAACUUAGAACGAAGGUAAAUUAUACCCCAUCAUCUUAAAGAUUUUCGCUAAUUUAUGCAAUCAAAUUUAUGCAGAAUGAGAAGCCAUGAGUUGAAUAUGAGAUGAUAGUUAAAUUAUGAUCGCAGGAUAUCAAAUAAAUGAUUAAUUAUUUUUGGAACUUCUAAAUAACAAUCUUAAUGUCAUAAUAUUGUUUCCAUGUAUAUUUCCACACAGAUAUAUUUCCAAACUUAAAAAAAAAUGUUUUUAACAAACAGUGACAAUGAUAUCACAAAAAUAUAAAUUAAUUAAUGAUUGUUGAAAUGAAACACGAAGGUUCAUCGAGAACAAUUGAAAGGCGUUAUGCAACGAAAAGUCGACUCGACAAGUUGUUAGCACGAAACGAAGAUGCAUAAAAAGAAUUACGAUAUGAAAUAACUUUCAAUAUAUAUUUCAGCGAAUGUUUUCACAAAGAUGAUAAUUUUUCCAGCUGUUGUCGUCGUCUAAAAAUAAUCAUUUCUCGUAUUAUUAUUGUUAUUAAUCGUAAGCGGCGGAUGCCUUCUAGUUGUAUAACGUAGUCAGGCUAAUGGUCGCAUUAAAUGAUGGCAAGCAAAAUUGUUAUCGAGACAGAGAGAAGCUGAGAAAGGGUCAAUUGUAUACGGCACGUGAUGCGUAAUGUUCAGCCUGAUAUAUCACUAUUCCUUUCAAUUUGAUUUAAUACGUAUAAGAACUACUACACAUAUAGCCAAUCAACAACUCGUCAACAUUGUAGGACGCAUGCUCGUUAAACAAUUUCACGGAAAACACGUGGUUUUCAUCACACGCCAACUUGUUCUUUGGUUACCGAUAUCUAAUGAGUGAAACUCAUUCCAAGAUUACUUUGUCAAAAGACGUCAAUUCUGUUAAACGAAGAUAUUUUCAGCUUAAGGGAUAUAUCGAUAAAUGGAAGGCGCACCAGCCAGUAGAGGUGGAUUUCGUGGUGGACGUGGUGGACCAGGCGGCCCUAUGAGAGGACGCGGCGGUUUUGGAGACAGGGGAAGGGGUGGCCCUCCUAGAGGAGGUGGUAUGAUGAGAGGUGGCCGAGCUAGUGGACCUGGAGGUGGAAUGAGAGGUGGACCACCUGGAAUGAGAGGCAGAGGUGGUCCUCCUGGAAGAGGUGGCCGUGGUGGACAUUUUCCUCCUGGAGGUCCACCAGAACCAGGAAUGUCUAGUGGUCCAGGAGGUGGUGGACCACCACCACCAGGAAUGGGAGGCCCACCACGUGGUGGCAGUAGGGGAGGUGGAAGCAGUGGUUUCCGAGGUAGAGGAAGAGGUGAUUUUGGUAGAGGUGACAAUCGUGGUGGUAGUAGUAAUUUCCGUGGACGGGGAAUGGAUAGAGGCAGCAGAGGAGGAUCUAGGGGAGGAUCUGGUAGAGGUGGUCCAGGUGGUAGAGGUUUUGGAGAUCGUGGGAGUAGAGGAGGUAGUGGGCGCGGUGGCGGUGGCCCAUCGAAAAGAGGAGGUGGACCACCAGGCUCGAGCGGACCUUCAAAAAGGCCAAGAUUUGAUCAGCCAUCUUCACAACCUGCGAAUGGUUAUGCAACUCAACCACCGAGUUGGGACAGUCAAGGUGGAUAUGGAGGAGGUACCAGUAAUGCUUAUGGUGGAGGACAACAGCAACCACAACAGCAACAGGCGGUAGGAUACGGUGGUGGUUAUGGAUCGCAAAAUUAUCCUCAAUCUUCAUAUCAAAGUUACGAGAGUUAUCAGCAACCUCCAGAUUAUGGCCAAACAGCUGGAUAUCCACCUUCAGCAGCUACUGAUAGUAGGUAUGGAGGAGCCCCUACUGUACCAGCUACAGGAGCUUUCAGUGCUGGUGAUCCUUAUAGCUAUGGCAAAGCACCACCAUCAGCCAAUUACCAGCAGGAGGCAGUGGCAGCAGGGGGUGGGGGUGCAGGUUAUGCCACUGUUAACCCUUACGAUGACCGAACUUCUAAUGCCACUUCUAUGAGCAACAGGGGUGGUUACUCGACGCAACUUUAUGAUUACUCGAGUCAAGAUGGUGUAUACGGAAAACAAGAUUAUGGUGGCAGUGCUGGUUACCAAAACGCCCAGUCUCAGCGACGUUAUUAAAUUACACAUGCAACUAUUUAAUUUUACACAUUUAGAUAUUAUUUCUUUUCCAAAUUUAAACAAUUCCAAACAAGGAAAUCGUUCCUAGCGCGUGAAAAAGUUGGACAAAUAUCAUUUGUCAUGAACACUGAGUGUUCUGUAAUUAAUAAUUCGUCGAAAAGAGACUUUUACAUUGAAAUGAAGAAAGUAAAACGAUAGAAAAGGAUUUAAAUGAAUGAUUUUCUAUCUUUGUCGCGCGCAUGGGAAGCUCAUUAAAUUGCGCAUUAAGCGCAAGCGAUUGUUUAAUUACAAUUUAAAAAAGGAAGCAUAAAUAACAUGAACGUUUUAUACCUGACUUAGUAGUAUAGCAUUCUACUUUCGUCAUACUUGGCUAACAAUAUUGCUUUAGGAUUAAGUUUAGUUGAUGUACAGUUCAUUUUCCUUCUUCUUUAUCUUAAAUAUCCAUGUGCGAUUCUAAAAUAUAAAAUUGUAAUUAUUAAGGACAAAGAUAUUUACCCUAUUUGUAAAGUCAUUAAUUGGUUGAUCAUUGUGAACACAGAAACACAUAAAGCUCAAUAACAUUAAAGGAAUAUUAGGUGUAGACAAAUGAAUAUCUUAUCAUUCUGCGUGAAGAAAAAAAAAAGGAAACAAUUGUAUAUUAUGGUGUAUUUUGUUUUACAUUUAACUAUGAAGUGAUGAAAAAGAAUCUUGUAUCAAAAUAUACCGCCCCUAUUUUAUGCGUUUAAUAAUGCGAAUUUUUCAUUCUGACAAUAUUUCUACAGGUAACAAAUUUAUAAUAUAAUGAAUCACUCUUACUGUUGCGACAUUUCAUUUCGUAUAUACACAUAUAUCUACAUAUAUUUUUAAUUUAUAGAGUUCAAUUUUUGUGUGAAUUAUGUGUAAAAUGCUCUGCUUAGAGGUGACAAAAAGAUUUUUUGUUUUUGAAAUAUCAAAUGAAAAAUGUUAGAAAAUUUAACUAUAAUUUUAGGAGUUUGUUUUAAUAGUUAUUUAAGUAGUAAUUAUAUAUUGAAAUGUCACACCGGCAGAGACAAUCAAAACGACAUAUUAAUAAUUAAAAGAAAAAAAUAGAUAUUUAUAUGAAAUCAAGAAACAGUGUAUCUAUUCAAGGUUCAAUGUAUAUGAGUAUGAAACAUUUGUCCCAGCCAAUUGUGUAUAUUAAAAUAUAGAGUAAUUAUAUAGGGCAGGUGAUGUGGUUUUAUAUUCUGUUUAUUAUUAUAAAUUGCAAUGAAAUUAUCUAAACUAUGUUAAAAGUUAUCGUCGCAUGUCACUGGUAGUGAAGUGAUAGUGAAUCAAUUUAAUAUUGUAAGAACUAGAGUAAUAACAACCAAAAUGAAACGAAACUUUGAAACAAAGAACCAUAAAAAAUAACCAGUAAUAUUUUUCACGUUUAUUAUUUCCUCACCUUUAAUAUGAAAGACUAUAUGGACUGAAUUACAAAGAACAUUUACCAAUGAAAAGGGGGAAACCAGCAACUGCCUUAGAAAACCACAUAUACAUUAAAAAUAGUAGUUCAACUGAAAAGAAUACAGCGUAUUCUUAUAACAUAACGUAGGUAUGAAACUUUUGUUAAAAUCAAUAAUCUUUUGAAAAGCAAAUUUUUUGUACAUGAAAAAAUUGAAUGGAAUUAUUCUUUUUUAUUUUAUUGUAUAUAGCUUAUUCAAAGGAUAUUUUAUAUUCAAAAUGAAGUAUAUUAUCAAUAUAUAUACAUAUAUAUCUAUAUAUAAUAACAGUAUUAAUGGACAGUUUUAGACAUAUAACAAAAAAAUUGACAAAAACUGAGUUUAUUUCACAGGCGUAACAACAACCUGAGAUACUUAGGGAACAGAAUGAAAGAAAGAGAGAGUACCUUCCCUCUGUUACCAGCAAGGAGAAUACCAAUUCAAAUAGCAAUACGAUAUUAUAUGAAUAAAUGACGACUGAUAUGAUAAAUGUUAUUAAUGUCCGAUGGCAUCAGGUAUCACAUAAACGAAACUUAGAAAGUAUUGUUUUUUCUGUUAGAGUAUAUCAUAUAGUAUCUUUCAUUAAUUAGAAUGUCUUUGUUUGAUUUUUCUAAGCGAUUGACCUGUAAUAAAUAGCGUUUGAUCUUUUUUGUGGUGCACCUCAUUUUUUUCAUUCAAAAUAUUGUUGCAAUUCUUUUUCAAUGUAAAUAGUCAGCAUCACUUCAAUCUAUUGUUUUCCAAGUUACCACACGUAAAGACUUAGUUGCAUCUUGUACAUGAUAUAUAUAUGAUAUAGAGAAAGAGAACGAAAAAUGUUUAAACGAAAAAAAAAGAAAAACGCAAAUAGUAUAUAGAAAUAAACAAACAAACAAAAACUAUCAAUGGAAAAGCAAGCAACAAGAGUAUCGAAUUAAAUUUAUGCUAACAUGUAUUACGAUCGUAUAUAUUAAAAGACAAAUGCUCGAGUAAACCUCAACUCAAAUUCAGGUGAGUAAAAUAAAUCUAUCCGUUUUUUAUAAAAAAAACCAGUCUACAAAUUUAUUACAAAGCAAAUGUUAGCAAGGAUAAUAAUAAUUAGAUCUGCAUUUAUCGAGUGUAAAGUGGAACUUCAAAAUACGUAAGGUAAUUUUAUUCAUACUGCCCUUAAAAAAUAAAAAGGAUACAAUUUAGAUAGUUAAUAUGGUACACAUAUACAUCAAAAAUUUUUAUUUCAUGAACGUCGAACCGCUUUAUACGUACGAUACCUGCAGCAUAUUUUUUAAUCACGAUAAUGACGAUAAGGUAACAAUCGAAAGGUACGAAUUGAAAAUUCUUUUAAAGAAUACGUUACUUCACAAGAACCAAGUAUGAUUUAUUGUGACGUUAACAUAAAAUGAAAAUGAAAAAGCAGGGAAGGAAUGUACCGAAUAUUUAAGAAAAAGGAGUCUCAGAACAUAUGUUUCUAUGAUUUAAAUUAUAAUGAUAUAAUAACAAUUCGCAUACUAAAUAUAAAUGCGUUAAUGAUAGGUUGAUAACGACUAUGCUGUCACAGAUGGUCGUACUACCAAUUCAAUGAGCCAAGCAACAUCUGCCACAUGACUGGCAUCAACGUUGUUCUCCUAGAAGACUCCAGUGCUUUUUUAUAUUUUACAUUGGCGAGUAUUGUAAGAUGGCACGGACGGAAUAUCGUACUUUUCACAUAAGUUACCAAGAGACUGAAUUUUUGAGAUUUGUAAGUUUAUAAUAAUUAAUUGUAAUAAUACGUCACAUGAUAAAAUAAUACAUAUUUUUUUACAAAUAAAAACGUACAAUUUAUGCAGAUGGCAUAAACAA